AUCAAAACCCUCAGCAUGGACUCAUCCUACGUUCUCUGAUGCGUAGCUGAGAAAUAUCGCCGGAAGUUCACAGGAAAUAAGUGGCGGCGGUGCGUGGCUCUUGUUGGAUACCAAGCGGAGAUAAGAUGCCGGAACAUCCGUCUGCAGACUCAUCAGCCACCGACAACACCGUAACCGUCAAGCGUUAUGCUCCUCCCAAUCAGCGGAAUCGUUCACUCGGCAGGCGAAAAUCUGGAGGAGAUCGACUUGAAAGAGCUAGCAGCUAUGCUAGUGAUGGAGAGAAGAACCAAAUGAGUGCAGCUAAGUCUGUAUCUGAUGCUGGCGUCAAUCGAGUGAAUGAGUAUCCUCCAACAAAGUUAAUACCGCUACAAGGAUGUUGUACAAGCGAAGCUUUUCAGCUACUGAAUGACCGUUGGGCGGCUGCUCUGAAUGCUCACAAUAAUUUAUCAGAAGAUUCUCGUGAAAGGCCUGUAAUGUACACAAAAAGAUCACCUUGGGGGCAUCCUAUGCUUCCACAUCAAUUGAUGUCACAAACAGGAGCUGAAUCUUCUACUGGCCAGAAGGAUUUUCUAAGCAAACUUCAGAUGGCUAUGCUCAAUACACAUGUCAAUUUCGAUGCCUAAAUGCUACCCAUCAAGUGGUCAAAAACUAAGUUAGGAGUUUCAGAAUUAUUUGCAAUGCAAUGUUAGAUACCUGUUAUCAGCCAUCAUCAAUCCUGAGUAACUACUACGUAUUUAACCUGUUGGAAAAAACUCUACUUGUGCAUCAUUUAGAAAUUGUAAUUCUGUACCUUUCCACAA